UUCGCCCGCAAGCUGACUAAACGGGCCUGCCUGAUAGCUUUACACAGCAAAGACAUGGGCGGAUCGCUAGUGGAUUCGUAAAUAAGUGUCAGCUUGAGGAUAUUUCGCCAAAGGACUUCCUUUUACAUACAAGAGCAGAGACUUGAUGCAAUGGGCGAUAGAGUGCAUCCAACUGUUCGCGUUGCGAUCACGCAGCACGAACCUAUGUGGCUCGAUCUGGAAGCCACUGUUCAAAAGACAAUAACCAUCAUCAAAGAAGCUGCCGAAGCCGAAGCCAAACUCGUUGCCUUUCCAGAGUGCUGGAUUCCUGGAUAUCCUGCUUGGAUCUGGAGCCGCCCAGUCGAUUUUGAUCUGGGAACGAAAUACGUGCAGAACUCUUUGAAGACAGAUAGUGAGGAAAUGAAGCGUAUCUGUGCUGCCGCUGCCGAGAACAAGAUCAACGUGUCCCUGGGUUUCUCUGAGCGCGACGGCGAUUCUGUGUACAUCGCGCAGGCUUUGAUCAGCGAGUAUGGUGAGAUCAAGAUGACCCGUCGCAAGAUGAAACCGACGCACAUGGAGCGCACGAUUUUCGGAGAUGCCACAGGCGGGAAAUCAUGCCUGUCCAAGGUCGUCGACUUACCUGGAGUCGGUCGGGUAGGUGGCCUCUCGUGCUGGGAGCAUAUUCAACCUUUGUUGAAGUAUUACACCUUCACACAAAGUGAGCAGAUCCAUGUAGGAGCAUGGCCAGCCGUCGCCGGGUUUAUAGAAGGUAGUUCUGGAUUCUACUCCAUGUCUAUCGAAGGCUGCCGAAAUAUCUCACAGUCCUAUGCAAUCGAGUCUCAAGCCUUUGUACUUCACUGUACUACUGUCAUCUCUGAAGCUGCCAUUCAGAUGAUGGAAACCGCCGGUGCACCAAUCAUGGGACAUCCUAACCAAGGAAGUUCCUGCGUCAUCGGUCCUGAUGGACGCAUCCUGAGCAAGAUAGAUAGCCCUAAUGAGAAGCUCAUUAUUGCAGACCUGGAUCUGAGCUUGGUGACGAAGGCCAAGACAUUUGUAGAUGCCUCUGGGCAUUAUAGCAGGCCAGACCUUAUGUGGCUUGGAGUCGAUGAAACACAUAAGCCUGUUGUUCGUGGAGUAGAGAAUAGUUAAUUUCGUUCUGAACCAGAUGUAAUAUCAUUCCUGUCUCACCGAUAGUGGGAUCUUUUACGGGGAACAAGGAAACAAGAGCUCAGCACCUACCACAGUUACACCUCUUCGGUUCACAAGACAACCCCACUAUCCAUCGAGCAACAUAUAUUUUUUCUUCGAUAUCCGUGC